UCCAUACACCUCAGCUCUGUCUGGUCUGAUUUAUUGCCUCCUUAUAAGGACAGAAAUCUGGUUCCGCACCCUAGUGAUCUGGAGAGGUUGGGGAUCCAUAAUCACUUACACCUCCGAAUCUGCUCCGCUUCAUAAGCUUUUUUUCUUGUUCUAACCCUCCCCAAAAUGUCUCAUAAGUCUACCUCCCCCUUCCCAGUUUCUGUUGUCUCUCGGUCUCCACUCCCACAUACUCAGCCAGUGAUUCAGGGUCCUAGUGUUGAGUUGCAUCACAGCUUUGGCAAAUAUAAGCAGAGCCUCAGAGAAGAGGAACAGAGGCUUCCUGGGUAAAGAAGCCGACAGUUCUGGUGAGUUGCAAGUUAAAGGAAUAGGCACAAGAGACCCGGGAUUAAGACACAUAAAGUCAAACAGCUACACAGGAGAAUAUCUACAGAGUUACACACUGGAGCUGGAGUUUCCUUAAGAUGCCUCUCCUCCUUCCAGCUCUGUUGUGGCUGAUCCCACUUUGCCAAGUGAUCGUUUGUGACCCGACUUCACCCAGUGAGAGUCGGACGCAGUCAUUGGAUACAAGCAACACAACGUUUGUGGGCAACAACAGUGUCAAUCUCAUCACAACUGCCUCCACCUUGACCACCAAGCAGUCUACUAGUUCCCCGAUCCCUGAGAUCACAGGCAACCGCCAAAGCACAAGAGAGCGUCUCUUACAUGUCAUUGACACUGAAUGGGAGGAUUAUUAUUGGGAUAAUGAAGACAAUGUUGAUGAAAAGUUCACCACCAAACCAUCACCUGCCCCUCUAAUCCCCUGCCCCUAUGACCGCUGCAAACACCUGGAACCUGAAUGUAAAGAAAUACAAAGGAAGGCUGGAGGCAAUUGCCUUUGCCCUGGGGUGAGUGGAUUUAAAAUACCACCUGAUUCUCCCCGUAUAGCAGAAGUCAAUGCUGGAGAGAAGGGGAUUAGUGUUGGCUGGUGCUCCCCUAUGUCCACUGUGCAGGGUUAUAGGGUGCUGUAUGGGACCACUGAUAGUCAGCUAGAGAAAGGACCCAUCCUAAACAAUACACAUCGAAUGUUUCCCAUUGAGAAUCUCCUGCCUGGUACAUCUUACACAGUGUGUGUAGUAGCAUUUAAUGAUGCAGGAGAAAGUCCUGCAAAUGUUGAGGAAGAGGAUGGUGGAUGGGAGACAGGAGCAACGGGUCCCUGCAGGGUCCUUCACACCUCCAGCUCCUCUACGUCACAUAUUUACUUGGGAAUAGGAGUGGGAUUGGCGAUGCUUAUGGUACUGGGACUGGCUGUUUUAGGUUACUUUUCGUGGAAAAGAAGAAAGGGGAACAUGAAGGUAUUUGGAGGAGAGGAAAUGGGAAUUAGAAACUACUCCUAUAAGGCUGAAAGCAUGGAUAAGUUGUAAAUUACAUUCUGAGAAAAUAUUUGUAUAUAAUAUGUAUAUUUUGUUUAUACUGGACUGUCUUUAUAAUUAUGAUUUAUUUAUUGUAAUAAACAUCUAUUUUUCUA